AUGGCCCCUACGAGCAACAUUCUGCGCGCCGCCCGGCCCAUCCUUCGCCAGCGCGCUGCCGGCUCCUCCCCCUUCUUCACCAGCCAGAACCAGCAGUUCUUCCGCCAGCAGUUCCGCCAGCAGGGCAAGCGAUGGCAGAGCACGGCCUCCGGUGAGCAGGAGUCUGCCAGCUGGUUCAAGAAGGCGUGGGAGAGCGAGGUUGGCAUCAAGACGGUGCACUUCUGGGCUCCCGUCAUGAAGUGGGCUCUCGUCCUGGCAGGUGUUUCCGACUUCGCCCGGCCCGCUGACAAGCUGUCCUUUGCCCAAAACUUCUCUCUGAUGUGCACUGGUUUGAUCUGGACGCGUUGGUGCUUCGUCAUCACCCCCAAGAAUAUGCUGCUCGCCGCUGUCAACUUCUUCCUCGCCCUCGUCGGAAUCACCCAAAUCACCCGUAUCACCCUGCACGAGAUGAACAAGAAGGACACCGUCAAGGACGUCGUUGAA